AUGACAACCGCAGCUCCAGCCCAACAAGGGCCCAAAACCAUCGUCUCGUCCACCCCCCUCCAACCACAGCGCAUGCCCCAGCAGUCCCCGCAACACCAUGCAGGACUCCGCACGCCCUCGAACCGCAAAACAAUCUACGACCGGAACCUCAAUCGAACACGUACCGCCGAGCUGAGUCGGGCAAGCUUUGCGUAUUUGUUUGGUGAGAUGGUUGGUUAUGCGCAGAAGAGGGUGACGGGGAUACAGGAUCUGGAGCGACGACUCAACGAAGCAGGCUAUCCUCUUGGCCAGCGCCUCCUCCCCCUUCUACUUCUCCGUUCCUCAACCCCCACCCACCCCGCUCCCCGUCCCACUCGCAUCCUCCCACUCCUGCAGUUCAUCGCCCACACUCUCUGGCGGCACCUUUUUGCCCGCUCCGCAGACUCCAUUGAAAGUUCCUCCACCAACAACCAUGAAUACAUGAUUUCAGAUAAUGAACCCUUGGUGAAUCAGUACAUAUCAGUGCCAAAGGAGAUGUCGCAAUUGAAUUGUGCAGCGUACGUUGCGGGGAUAAUAGAAGGGGUUUGUUGUGGGGUUGGGUGUAAAGCAGGGGUAAGCGCGCACAAUGCUGGGGAAGAGGGGGGAAUGUGGCCUGGGAAGACGGUGUUCUUGAUUAAAUUUGAAGAAGAGGUUGUGAAGAGAGAGGGAACGAAGUAG